AUGGCCAUCGGAUCGACCCUUGGCACUGGCCUUUUCCUCGCCAGCGGCCAGGCGUUGGCUGUCGGUGGACCUGCCUCUCUACUCGUUUCAUACAUAUUCCUAUCACUUCUUGUCUACUUCAUGGCCACCAGUGUCGCGGAAGUCGCUACCUAUAAACCAUCUCGCCACGGAACGAUAGUCAUGCAUGGCUUCCAGUACAUGAGCAACAGUUUAGGUUUCGCCACCGCCUGUUUACGCUGGUAUACCAUGGCCAUGUUCGUUCCAUACGAGAUUACAACCGCGAUGGUCAACAUUGGGCUGUGGAACGCUGGGCCCAGCAUCGCCAUCUGGCUGGUAUUGAUCACCUUUAUUAUCGUCGCCCUAAAUUUCCUCCCUGAUCGACUAUUCAAAAGCUCCGAGACCGUGUUUUAUCGGAUCAAAAUCGGCACAUUAGCUUGUCUUCUCGUCCUUUCUCUGUCGAUUGCUCUUGGCGGUGCAACUGGUCAUGGUCGCUGGGGAUUUCAAUACUGGAAAAGGCCCGGGGCUAUGCAUGAGUACUUGGUUCGUGGACCACUGGGGAAAUUCUUGGGCUUGUUACAGUGUGUCCAUCUCAGCACUGCAGCUUUCACCUUUGCACCAGAGUUAAUUGUACAACGAGCUGAGCAAAUGGAAGUAGCUGGUCAACCUGAAAUCCCGGGAAGCGUACAGCCAGCGGCAAAUUCCAACAUUCCGAAACUGGUUUUCGGGGACGUUCUCCAGACCGUGGUUCCCUAUGUCCUGACCUCCUUGGCCAUGGGCGUCAUGGCUCCCUACGAUAACCCUCUACUCACCAAUGGUGGAGCUGGUGCCGGCUUGUCUCCCUUCGUCAUCGGCAUCAACACUGCGAGAAUUCGAAUCCUCCCUGUGACAGCGACCCUUGCGAUACUCCUCUCCUCUGUUACCUCGGCUCAGUCGUACCUAUACCUUGCCUCUCGCUCACUAUAUGCACUAGCAGACGCCGGCCAUGCGCCUACCAUGUUCAGAAACCGAAACCACUGGGGUGUUCCAUGGGUGGCUGUGGUUUUUACAGCAAUGUUCACCGCACUCGCCUUUUUGUCUGUCGCCACGUCUAGCUCGACCAUGACGACGUACUUCAUCCUCUUUGUGAACAGCUCCGGCUACCUUUCUUGGGUACUGUCAUGUGUCGUAUACCGUCGAUUACGUGUCUUUUUGCACGCUAACAGAGUCACCACUGCUUACCAUCAUGCCCUCCAGCCGGUGGGUACAAUCAUCGGGUUUGCUCUCAGCACCCUGCUGCUGCUGUCCAAUGGAUUGAUUUCUGCUGUGCCAGGCAAUCACAAUGGACCUCGUGGAGCCAGGAUCAUGAUGGCAUACAUCAGCAUGCCUCUGUUUGGUCUUUUAUAUGCCGCUCAUCGAUUUGGAAAUACCGUUCCACGUCCCACCCCUAGCGAAGAAAGCCGCGUCAAACCAGCGCAUCAGGUUCCAGAAACCAAGUAUUGCUCACGACCAAGGGUACCAUAUGGACAAUCACCCCAGCCACCUACCGCCAAUGAGUUGGAACCGGUCUGGGCGAUGGCCAGGGAGGCAUGA